GUUUGAGUCUUAAACCAUUGCAACUUGAGAGUACUUUCAUACCAUCUUAUGAAAAUAAAUUACCCAUACCGAGGUCACUUGUAUUCACAUCACAGCAUAGUAGUAGCAGAGAUUUUGUUCUUCUUGGGAUAAACAUCACGGAUCCUACUUAUGUUACUACUACUUCUUUUGAUCGGCUUUAUAUUACUGUACGAGAUACUGAAUUUGUUAAACAAAGAAUUCCUCCAGAAUUAAUGCAAUUUAAUAUUACUUCAUCCAUUGAUUUCAAUAAUCAACACUAUUUACAUAUAAAAUCCGAAGUGAAGAAAUCUUUACUGAGAUAUUCCAAAAAAGUUAAAAAAAUAAUGAUUCCUUCAGUUUUAAAUAUUAUUGGUUUUACACCGAAUUAUUAUGAUGAUAUACAUUAUCUUGAAUCGAGAUUAUAUAGUUGUAAUAAGGAAUAUUGUCCAGAUGUAACCCCCACUCAAGACAGUUACAAUUAUUUACUGUAUAUUUAUCCAGAAGUUUUCUAUAUCGAAGAGGAGAAGCAGCAAAGGUAA